CACUGUGUGUGCCGGGACGGCGCGUGCGCCCGGUUCUGGUGGGUCCCCGGCCCCCGCCACCAACGCGCCCCGAGGAGCGGACGCCGGCCGCCCAGAUAUUUCGCGACGCGAGCGCUGGGGGCAGCGGGGAACGUCAUCGUCUUGUCCGGGGCGCCGGGGGGCCUGGGCAGCAUGGUGCCCUCCAGCCAGGAGGCGGAGAAGCAGAUGCCCGCAGAGCCGGGGCAGGACCUUGAGCUCAAGUCCUGGAGGUGUCUGGUGUUCUAUCUGUGUUUCUACGGCUUCAUGGCGCAGUUGCGGCCCGGGGAGAGCUUCAUCACACCCUACCUCUUGGGCCCCGAUAAGAACUUCACACGGGAACAGGUCACCAACGAGAUCACGCCGGUGCUGUCUUACUGCUACCUGGUGGUGCUGGUGCCCGUGUUCCUGCUCACCGACUACCUGCGAUACAAGCCGGUGCUGGUGCUGCAGAGCCUGAGCUACAUCUCCGUGUGGCUCCUGCUGUUGCUGGGCCGCUCCGUGCCGCACAUGCAGCUCAUGGAGCUUUUCUACAGCAUCACCAUGGCCGCCCGCAUCGCCUACUCCUCCUACAUCUUCUCGCUCGUGCGCCCCGCCCGCUACCAGCGCAUGGCCAGCUACUCGCGCGCGGCCACGCUGCUGGGUGUCUUCACCAGCUCCGUGCUGGGCCAGCUGCUCGUCACCGUGGGCAGGGUGUCCUUCUCCACGCUCAACUACAUCUCGCUCGGCCUCCUUGCCUUCAGCCUGGUCCUCGCCCUCUUCCUGAAGCGCCCCAGACGCAGCCUCUUCUUCAACCGUGACGCCCCUGUGUGCCGCGGGGCCGCGCCCUCCGAGCUGGAUCGCAUGAACCCGGACGCCAAGCUGGGCCGGGCGCUGCUGGAGGCCUGGCGGGACUGGACCCUGGUGCGCAUGCUCCGGGAGCUGGGGGACAACCUGCGGUCGCCGCAGCUCCGCCUCUGGUCCCUCUGGUGGGUCUUCAACUCGGCCGCCUACUACCUGAUCGUCUACUACGUGCACAUCCUGUGGAACGUGGUCCACCCCACCACGGACUCCACCUCAGUCUACAACGGGGGGGCGGACGCUGCGUCCACCCUGCUCGGUGCCAUCACCUCGUUCUCUGCGGGCUUCGUGAAGGUCCACUGGGCGCUGUGGGCGAAGCUGGUCAUCGCGGGCGUGACGGCGGCGCAGGCUGCGCUGGUCUUUCUCAUGUACAGUACCAACAACAUCUGGCUGUGCUACGUGGCCUUUGUGCUCUUCCGUGGUGCCUACCAGUUCCUGGUGCCCAUCGCCACUUUUCAGAUUGCGUCUUCUCUCUCUAAAGAGCUCUGUGCCCUGGUCUUCGGAGUCAACACAUUCCUUGCCACCGUCCUCAAGACCAUCAUCACCCUCAUUGUUUCUGACAAGCGGGGUCUGGGCCUCCCAGUCCACUCACAGUUUCUUGUCUACUUCGCAUACUUCCUGGUGCUGUUUGGUGUCUACCUCUUGGGGGCCGUGCUGGUGGUCCUGCAGCGCUUCCGGGCCAGCCGCCGUGCGCCCCAGCCCCCAGAGCUGAGCCCUGCCAAGGAGAAGGCCAUGCAGAUGCUGAGCGAACAGGAGGGCGGCCUCAGCAGCCUACAGCCCGAGGCCCUGCCACUGGCCUCCCAGGAGCAGAACCAGCAGCCCGAGGCCAAAGCCUGACCCUUUGACACCAGAGGCCACGCGCCAGCAUCCUCCACAUCCUGGGGCCUUGGCAUCUCAGAACGGACGCCCCCUCCGCGCCUCCACAGGUGGCCUGCCCCUUGGUGUCAGCAAUCCAGGUUUCUGGCCUCGUCCACAUUACAGGGUUCGGAUUGUGGAGCCAGUGGUGACCAGCGGGGACCCUUCAUGGUACCUCCCUGUGACCUGCACCUCGGGGGCAGCCUGCCUCAGGAGGGGCCUUGGCUUGUCCUGCAGUGGCCCAAGGACGGUGCCCCUCCGCCCUGCUUGGUGCUCUGGUCCUGUCCCCCACCCACACGUGGUGGGCAGUGGGGAUUCACACGCCCACCAGGCCUCCCCGCCAUCUCCCCCCACCCUGGGAAGCAGGCCCUGCUCGUCUCUGGGGACCAGUGACUGGGACGGGGACUCGGGCUCCCGCACUGCGGGGCUGGGAGCCCCGAUUUCUGUGGACUGUGGCUCAGUUGUCCAGGUACUUGCUUUAGAUGAUGUUGUUCCUUUUUUUUAAAAAAAUUGACCUACACGAGAAACCUUAAUGGGCCCCUGUUUCUGUGGGAGAAGCUGGACACUGCCCAGUGGCGGGCCCUUCUGUCAGGUGCACGCGGGGACGCUGGGGUCCCCGGAGCCCCACUUCUCCCCGGGCCCUGCACUGUCCUGCCCGUUUCUGAAGUGAGGUAACGCUGACCUACCUCACCGGGGACUGUGGGUGGCCUGGGGCCGCUCGCGUGCCAGCCCAGACGGACCGUCCGAGUGCACCUCCGCCGGGUGUGAGCGCCUGUUGUGUCCCUUCCGAGCUGCACGGUCUGCUCUCCCUGAAGGGGAUUAACCCCCAAGCCCCAAGCGUGGAGGGCCUUCUGAUCCUGUACUAGCCAGGCCUGGGGGGGGGGUAGGGGCAGGGAGGGGGACCCCUCCCUGCCCCUGCCCCUGUCCCCCCACAGGCAGGGACCCACUCCAGGCCCACAGGUCCUUGGGCUGAGCACAGCCCUUCCUACAACUCCCGUGGUCUGGAGCAGCGCCCGCGCUCCCUGGGACCGGAGGGAAGGGGGCUGCUUGGAGCCAUCCUGGCAGGGAGCGGUCGGAAGGACACGCCUGGCCGGGGAUGGGCUGCCGGAGCCUGCGGGGGGAGCCCUGGAGGCCGCCGUGAGGAUGGAGGCCACUGUGCGGGGAGGCCGGGCAUCCACACGCACUCACCGUGGCGCCCCGUGGACCCUGUGAGGAGGGGGCAGCGCUGUUCCCCGUCCGAGCUCAGAGAUCUAGCAGGACUGGGUGGGUGGAGGGGGUGAGUGUCACCUCUGGUCCCUGAGCACAUGACACAGGGCCCUGCUGUGCGCCCCCGCCCUGGGACUCCCCUGCCCUGCGAACCCUCCCGUCAGUGGCCGCCCGGCCGCCUGGCCUCAGCCGGUUCCACACGCAGCAGCAGCUGCAGGGAGAACGCGGGUGCAGGGCGCAGACCACCUGUGCGGCCUGGGAGCGAGAGCCUGUGAGGGCUGCCGGCCCCCCGGGGAGGCUCGGGAGAGGAGAAGGGUUUGGGGCCGUGGCAGCGUCCAUCUGCACCUGUGUGCGGCCGCUCACGCCCACCUGUGCGUACACCUGUGCUCCCGCCGCACGAGCCACCGGCAGGGGUGAGGGCUCCGGGGCAUCUGUCACAUGAUCACGAAGGCUGCCUGCAAACCCAGUGUCCGGGUAAAAGGCCAUCUUUAUUUGGAGCCUGUUUGGAAACCACGUUACUCCUGUGGUUUCCAGCGCGCAGGCCGCAGAGCUGCGGCGGCUGGGGGCUUGCCCAUCACCCUUCCAGCAUGGCCACCCGUGGAGGAGGGGCCUCUGACGUCUUCCCCAGAUGCUCGGGUGCACCUCAGAAUGUCCUGUGCUCCCUCCACGUCACGUGGCCGCCUCUUUCUUGGGCUCAGCGAGGCAGGCCCCCUGGGAGGGGAUUCCUGGCCGGGGCAGGUGUGGCCUAUUUGCCUCUGGAUUUUUUUUUUUUAAGAUUUCAUUUAUUUUACUAGAGAGCACGAGCAGGGUGGGGGCGUGGGGGAGGGGCAGAGGAGCCCGACAACGACGUGGGACUCGAUCCCAGGACCCCGAGAUCAUGACCUGAGCCGAAGGCAGAGGCUUCACCGACGGAGCCCCCAGGCGCCCCACCUCUGUGGAUGUUUGAACUUCAUGUCCUGCGAAGAUGAACCGGGACCCUGGCCCUGGGCUCAGCAGGCAGGAGUUCUGGCCAGGGACCCGGGGAUGGGGAGCAGCUGUGAGCCCGGUUAGAAGAGACUGGGCAGGGGCUGGGCCCCAGGACGGGAUGCUGCUAUCCCUGGGUUGUGGGCCCCUCAAAACUCCUAGCAUGGGGGCGUCUGGCUGGCUCAGUUGUUAGAGCUCUUGAUCUCAGGGUCAUGGGUGUGAGCCCCACCUUGGGGGUAGAGAUUACUUAAGAAAAACUCCCCAAAGGCCCUGGCUGGGCUGAGCUCCACGCUGGGUGUGAGCUCAUGGGUCCCUUGGGAAGCCAGUGUGGGACAGAGAGCUGAAGGUGGGCCCCAUGUGCAGGGCUGCGGACGGAGCCACCAGCCCAUGGUGGUGUUGGAACAAGGGCCAGAGCCUGGGGGGCCCUGGGGUCUGCAGUGGGAAGACACGCUGAUUUGGGGAACUGCCCUGACCUGGGGGUGGCCAAGGAGAGGUGGCCACACCCUGCGCCCCUGGCCUGAGCCGCCCCAACAGCUCACAGCUGGGGAACGAGGGCUCAUUACAGCUUGUGCAGCCCCUGGGCCAGGUCCAGAGGAAGGGAGGCCCGCAGGAAGCCGAAUCAGCACCUGUGGGGGCCACGGAAGGCCGCAGGGGCACCCCACCCCCUGGGAUAGUGAGUUCCCUUGCCGUGGCCAGGGUCUACCCCCUGGUCUGAUUGGGGCCCAGAGGGAAGGGGACAGGGCCCUGUGUGAGGAGGGGAGGGGCGC